AUGCAGGUGUUGCUGUCUCUUGAACAAGGUCUCUGGGCUCCCAACCUGCACUUCAAGUGUCCCAACCCUGAUAUUCCAGCCCUCAUCGAUGGUCGGGUUCAAGUCGUUGACCGGCCUAUUCCCAUCCGAGGUGGCAUUGUAGGCAUCAACUCCUUUGGAUUUGGAGGUUCAAAUGUUCAUGUGAUCCUUCGUCCAGCUGAGAAACACUCUGACACGAAUGCAUCACCCAGGAUGGUUCCCAGGGUGCUUCAGGCCUGUGGCAGGACAGAGGCGGCAGUAAGGGCUGUUCUCCAAAAGGGGAAGAAACACAGUUCAGAUGAGAACUUCCUGUCUUUACUGAAUGAGGUUUCAGGAGUUCCUACUGCCAGCAUGCCCUACCGAGGCUACGCUUUGAUUGGCUCUCCGAGUGAUGUCUUGGAAGUGCAACAGGUGCAAGCCACUGCCAGGCCACUCUGGUACAUCUGUUCAGGUGAGCCAUCAAACAAAUAA